AACCCGCCCACCUGCCUCCCUUCAGCAGCUACGCGAUGGCUCCUUCCUGCCUUCCUUGUUAAAAGUCUGAUUUCUUAUUGGCUGGGCAGGCGUUUUCUUCAACACAGGGAAUAACAAUUUGGGGAGGGGAUGGAGGCACGACUCCCCCCCCUAAGAUUUGUUAAAUUAAAUUGACGGGCGGAAAAUGUUGGCUCACCCCUUCUAGCUGACAAAUUGGUUUGUUCCAGAUUCAGAGCACUACUGGGAGUUCCUAUUACGUGAGAAGGCUGUUUGAAUGGUAUCAAUACUGAAAACAUCACAAUGAUCUCACCCAUUAUCCGACUGAGCCAUGUCACAUUCCAAACAUCCAGUGCUGCUAGAGUUAUUAAAGAAUUUGUGACAAAGUACCAGUUUCAUCCAUUUGCAGCUCGAGGGUUGGAUGGGGGAAGUCCAUGUCAGGUAGCGCUGAAAAAUGGAGGGGUUGUAUUUAUGGUUAAUGAAAAUACUCCAAAGACUCAUGAGAACUCAGUCCUGCUGUAUGAUUUUCCCCUCCAAAUUCCUUUCCCAGACACUGCAUGUAAUGUCACCUUUGAAGUGGAAGAUGUUUCAGGAUUGUACCACCAUCUCGUUGAUGAGGGCUGUCAACUGCUUCUGCCCCCAACAGAACUCCAUGAUGAUUUUGGCUCUGUAACAUACUGCAUAGUAAAAUCUGUAGUUGGAAAUGUGAGCCACACACUCAUUGAUCGCACACAUUAUAGAUCCAGUUUUCUCCCUGGGUUUGAGUAUCUCAAAAACAGUACUCACAACUUGUCUUCUGGCAAUAUGACCCAUGUAGAUCAUAUUGCAUAUACCUGUCCUAGGGGAACCUCACCAAGCAUUUUAGAAUGGUAUAGGCGUUGUUUUGGGUUCCAACACUUUCCUCUCUCUAAAGGAGAAGACCCUGAACGUGGAUUUGAAAUCAUUGGGCCUAGGAUAGGUUUACGAUUGACUUCAUUGGUGUGCCCGAAACUCAGCAAAGAGUGCAAGCUAGUAUUAGCAGAGUCUCUCCCACAGGAAGGCAUUAACCAGGUGGAUGAAUUUAUGCAGCAGCACACAGGAGGUGGUAUACAGCACAUUGGCCUUUCUACACCAGAUAUAUUUAAAGCUGCUGAAGACCUGUCAAAGUUGGGUGUCUGCUUUGCCAUCCAACCAUCAUCCUAUUAUUCUGAAACCAAAAAGCAGAAAGAAAUCUAUAGUGUAGGUCUAGAACCUCAGAUGCUUGCACAGUUUGGGAUAUUGAUGGAUUCAGCAACUGAUGAUAUCCUGUCAAAUGAUGCCCCCAAGAAGUUUCUUUUGCAAGUGUUUGCAGAACCCCUCUUUAGCAAGAACUCCGCCUUUCUAGAGCUCAUUGAACGCAGAUCAGCAGAAGGUUUUGGGGAGGGAAACAUCCGUGCCCUCUGGCGCUCAAUGCAGGACCUGCAAGAAGACCAGACUGUUAAAGAGCAAGAAGGGCAGUAAUACCACCUGCAGCUCAGUGACCAGUGCUGAUACGUGGCAUUUUUAGAGAAAAAUAAUUUUGUUCCAAUGUGAGACCAUUUGAUAUUUACUACUGUAAAUAAAUAUAUAUAUAUAUGUAUUACCCUACUUCUAGGGCAUUAUGUAUGUAUUUUUUCUUAACACUCCCUAGUAGUACCUCUACAGCAGACAAAACAUCAGUAGCUUUCUAUUCAAGCACAGAUGAUACAGGUAGUACUGGGUAAUGUAAUAAAAGUUCUUAAGUUUCAGAUGUUUGCUUUCAAACAGUAAAUGCUGACUGAUGAUUGGUUUUUUGCCCUCUUGUUUUACGUCUGGAAGCCUUGUGUUCAUUCUGGCGCAAACUCAAGGAUUUCGGCUUGAAAUGCGAAGUCUCUCAUUUCUUUGCUAAAAUCUGAGUGUAUUCAAGGCUUCCAGAUGCAAAACAAGAAGAGGACACUGCUGGUGAUUGGGGCUGAAAUCAGUCCAAUCUGGCCCUAGCCUAGCCAGAAUAUCUCAUGAUUUUAUCCUUCAUGCUCAAACCAGGUACUGCUGUGAAAGUUGUGGGUUAAUCUCUAGAUAUGGGCA